UUUUUUAUUUUGAAAUUCUUUUUAUACUUAUUAUAAAUCCAAAUCCGUUUCUUCCGAAAUUUUGGGAAAAAGAAAAAACCGACCUCUCCAGGUUUACUGGGAGGCAUAUGAGAGUCCGAUUUGGAUCGAUUGAGCUUAAGAAACCGUCAUUUUCUGCGGAUUACUCACCGGAAAACCUAAUUCCGAUUAUCAUCGACAACCAGCGCCCUACAGAAGGCAAUGGAGAUGGAGAUAGAAACGAGCAAAGAGAUGACAAGAAAGGAAAAGAAAGAGAACUGGUUUGCCUUCCUUUCAGACGACAUCUUUUUACAAAUCCUUAAAAAGCUUCCUGAAGCUUUCCUUCGUUAUAAAGCUAAGCAUGUCUGCAAACGUUGGUUCAAUAUAGUCACUAACAGGAUCUUGCUAGACCAUGCUUCUUUCAUCCUCCAAACAUCUUACGAUUCCACAGUACGCCACGUGGACAUAACAGAAGAACAACAAGGGCUACAAGUAAAAGUGCAAAAUCUUGAAAUUCCUAUAGGAGGCCACAUAAUAACAUGGUGUAACGAGUAUCUUCUAGUAACAGAUUUGGAAAAACACGAGUAUGUUUUCAAUGUAAUCACAAACGAAGGAUCAUUUCUUCCACACUGUACAUCUUGUGGAGAAGGAGACGACACUAACUGUGGAAUGGCUCUUUCCUUUGAUGGAUUCAAGGGAGUAUACAAGGUCCUUCAUGUGUUCAUGGGCCCACCUCUUCAAUGCCAUAUACUUGUCUUGAGAAGAAACAUUCUCUCCCGAAUUUCAUCAAAUUGGAAAAAGAUUGAGGUUCCUUCUUACAUGGAUGAAUGGAUUCCUACUUAUAUGUACCAAAGGCGUCCUUAUUGGGGUGACCCUGUUUCAGUUCAAGCGAGGUAUUUCCAUUGGAGGAUCUGGGAUUUUCAUGGUGAAAGGUGGUAUCUGGUUUCAAUGGACAUGGUGAAAGAGAAAAUGGUCCGAAUGAGUCUUCCUAUACCUGAAUCUAGUAAUGUCAACUACACUGUGUUUGAGAUGGGUGGUUUUCUCACUCUUAUUCAUCAACUUUCCUCUAAAAAAAGUGACAAGUGGAUGUUUAACGAUUUUCAAACUGACAUGUGGAUUCUUAAAGAUUUUGAGAUGAUGAAGUGGGAGAAGCUGCGUAUAAGUAUCCCGAAUUAUUGGUACUUUGGAGAAUAUUUUAAAUAUUUUCCAGAUUCUGUCUCUGGGAUGAUGAGUAUGAGAUAUUUGACAUGCAUAAGGCUUUCUAAUUGGGAUGGAGCUGUUUGUAGUUAUGAUCUGAAAGAUUUUCAUGUGAAAGAGCUUGACAUUCAAAUUGGAUCUAACGAUCGUCGUGUGCCUCAUUCAUCAUCGCCAAGUUUUAUAUAGUCGGGAUUUCAACAAUGAAUCAGUUCAGCAAAUUCUCACAGGUACAAGAUGUUAACUCCAUAGUCGAUAGCAUUUUAUGAUUUUGUUAAUUUCAACCAAGAACUUUUUUUUUUUUUUGUUUUUGCUUGGUUAACCUUUAUGGAUACACUUGGUUUGGAUUUUACAUGCUAUGGCAUUCUAUUGUUUCUUUUAAGUUUUGCUAAUCUGUCACCAACAUAAUUUCCAAACUCUUGUAGAAAAAAGCAA